CACUGGGUAAUAAUUUUUCAGGCAUUUGGAGCUGUGGAAGCCAUGACAGACAGAAUCUGUAUCUCAUCUGGUGGCAAACUAACGCCCCACAUUUCUGCUGAGGAUUUGCUAUCAUGUUGUCAGAGUUGUGGAAUGGGGUGCAAUGGAGGAUUCCCCGAAGCUGCAUGGAAUUACUGGGUUGACUCUGGGCUUGUAACAGGAGGGCAGUACAAUUCUCACCAGGGAUGUGAGCCAUAUGAAAUUCCGGCUUGUGAUCACCAUGUAAAAGGGAAACUCAAGCCUUGCAGUAAAUCCAUUGAUCCCACACCACCAUGCACAAGGAAGUGUGAGCCAGGGUACAACGUUUCUUACUCAGAUGACAAGAGAUAUGGAGAAAAUGGUUACUCUGUAAGCAGUGAAGUGGAGAAGAUCCAGACGGAAAUCAUGACUCAAGGCCCCGUAGAGGGUGCAUUCACUGUCUAUGCAGACUUCCCUAGCUACAGGAGUGGCGUAUAUCAACACGUAUGUGGAGCACCACUUGGUGGGCAUGCCAUUAAGAUCUUGGGUUGGGGAACCGAGGAUGACAAACCAUACUGGCUUGUGGCAAAUUCCUGGAAUCCUGACUGGGGAGACCAAGGGUACUUCAAGAUUCUGCGAGGCUCAGAUGAAUGUGGAAUUGAGUCAGGCAUUGUUGCUGGAAAACCAAAGCUGGAUCAAGAACCAGCAAAGAGUGUUCUAGCUUAAACUUCUACAUAAAUGUAUCAGGAAAAUCUGGAUGGCAUGUAAUGCUGAUUUAGCUUGUGAAGCAUUGAUUCUGUAGCUGAUAAAUUGUUAAUAAAAAAACUGAUUGUACAA